AUGUCGAAGUUUGACAAUAACUGUCGAACACCAAGAACAAUGAAUAACAGCAGCAAAUUUCAUGAAACUGAGUCAUUUGAAGGAGCUGAAAAAAAGCUAUCCUGCAUGCCAAUUUCAACCGUCGCUGACUCCGAAGUUGGCCAGGAAUACUGCUCCGCUCGAGACAAAAUCGGAACAAAAGGUGUCGCUACGGCCGUAAAGCAUCCGAGAUAUGACUUCUGUAAAAAGAAGGUCCGCCAUUCUCUGCACAUAUUUGCUAGGCUGGAUUUGGCUGUUUACGAGUACUCGUUCAUCAUUCUUUUUCUGAUCCAGUUGCUCCUGAUUGUAUUUUCGAUCAAAUGCAUAUACCCUGUCAUAAUAAAAAGGGAAAUGGUGGGCAAAGGAAUCCUGUAUUCUUCGAGCGUAAUUCCCGAUGAGUGCGUCGACUACAGUUUUUUUGCCCAGUGUAUCCCACAAGUUUAG